AUGCGACAAUCUCAGGCUUUGGCGCUCCUGGGCAUCAUCGCCCAGAAUGGGAUUGCCACCGCCGCUUCUCUACCGAGAGGUGUUGGUCCCGAAUUCGUGAAAUUCUACGAAUUGAAGGACGAGUUCGCUUGUAUCGGCCAUCCCUCCAUGACCAUCUCGUCCUCUCGCGUCAAUGAUAACACAUGCGACUGCCCCGACGGCUCUGAUGAACCAGGCACCCCCGCAUGCGCAGUUCUCGACCAUCUCUCCCCCGGUCAGCCCCUGCCCGGCUCGCUGUCUGGGACAACAAACACCAGCAAUGCCCUCCCCGGCUUCUGGUGUGCCAAUAAGGGCCACAUUGGCGCCUACGUCCCGUUCAUGUACGUCAACGAUGGCGUCUGCGACUACGACCUGUGCUGUGAUGGCAGCGAAGAGUUCGGGGGCGUUGGCGGUGUCAAAUGCCCCAACAAGUGUGCCGAGAUUGGCAAGGAGUGGAGACGGGUUGACAAGGAGCGCAAAGACAACCUCGAACGGGCCAACAAGCGUCGGAGGACAAUGGCCAAGGAGUCUAAGGAGCUCCGCCGGCGUGUCGAGACCAAGAUCAGCGGCCUCCAGAAGGAGGUCCAGGAGCUCGAGGUGAAGCGCGACGAGCUGAAGGCAAAACUGGACGAGGCCGAGCGAUCAGAGCGUGGCAAGGUCGUCAAGAGCGAAGGCACGGGCAAACUCGGUGUGCUAGCUGGACUGGCCAAGACGAGAGUCAACGAGCUGCGGGAGUCUCUGACCAAGGUGGUAGGAGAGCGCCUUCAAUUACAAGAUAGGGUGACCGAGCUGGAAGGCAUUCUGUCCGCCUUCAAGGAGGAGUACAACCCCAAUUUCAACGACGAGGGUGUCAAGAAGGCCGUCAGGGGCUGGGAAGACUAUGCAGCAAAGAAGGUCGACGAGGGCCAGGGAGACUUCAAUGAGGCCGACAUUCUCGAAGUCAUGAAGGAGGACAGCGAGAGCUCUGGCAUCAACUGGAAGGAAUUCGAGGAUGAUGAUACGACUGAUACCGAUAUCCUGUACAGCUUCGAGGCCUACCUGCCAGCGCCGCUGCGGGACUUCCUACAUUCCAAGAUCAACCUUCUGCGCAUCUGGCUGAUCGAGAAUGGCAUGUUGGCCGACAGCAACGAAGGGAAGGGCGAGUCGCGACUGGUCAAAGCCGCACGCGAGGCGCACGACUCGGUAGUCAACGACGUCAACUCCAAGACCCGCGCCCUGGACGAGGAGAAGCGCGACCUUGAGAAGGACUAUGGCGUCGACGACAUCUUCCGCUACCUCAAGGGCAAGUGUGUCUCCACAGAGGUCGGAGAGUACGAGUACGAACUCUGCUGGCUUGAUAAGACCAGCCAGAAGAGUAAGAAGGGUGGCGGGCGCACGACCAUGGGCAAGUUUGACCGCAUCGAUUUCGACGAGGCGGACGAGGACGAACGCCACGACGGCAAGGGUCUUGGCCGGGGUAAGCGAAUCGUGCUACGCUACGAGGACGGACAGCACUGCUGGAAUGGGCCCAACCGGAAGACCGAUGUGUGGCUUGGCUGUGCAGAGACCGAGGAGUUGUGGCGUGUAAGUGAGCUGGAGAAGUGUGUGUAUAAGAUGGAAGUAGGUACACCGGCGGCAUGUGAGGAGCUUGUCGACCCGGGCCAUGUCAAAGAUGAGCUGUGA